CGCUAAUAGCCGGUAACGUCCCUUACGGUCAAUUAGCCUUCCUGUCUCGCCGUGAAAUUCAUUUCCACCUCUAUAUGCAUCGGAAACCUAAUCGGCAGGCCGACAUUUGAAUCCUCGAGGAUUGAACCUCCCUGAGCUCUUCCUCGCACUGGACAAAGUUUCAGCUCUUUAAACUUGUAUAGCUAAGUGCAUUGAUCAAUUCAGUCUCCAAUUCAAUUCGCUCUCAGGUAUGCUCUUCAAAGCCUACACUAUAUCUUCCCACUUGAACGCGCUCAGACGCUCUUCUCUCCAAUUCACAGCCUCAAUUUCAAGCCUCAAAGUAGUUUGGCGCAAAGACCGCCUUCUAGACCAAGCCAUAGAAAACGAUAAACAAUGGAGGCUCUGUGCAAGAGUCGUGAAAGAGGUCCUAAACGAACCUGGUCAAGUAAUCCCACUUCGGUACCUAGAGAAACGCCGCGAGAGAAUUCGAUUACCCAUCAAAGUCAAGACUUUUCUUGUCCGGAACCCUGGUUUGUUCGAUGUUUACCUCGACCGGAUCAAACCCAAAUCUGAACCUGUGAUGUUUCUUCGUGCUAGCGAUAGGCUAAGGCAGUUUUUAGAAGAAGAGAAAAGGAUUACUAUCGAAAAUGAGCCGUUAAUUGUUGCGAAAUUGUGUAAAUUGUUGAUGAUGUCGAAGGAUAAGGUGGUUAGUGCUGAUAAAUUGGUACAUGUGAAGAGGGAAUUUGGGUUUCCAAAUGAUAUUUUGGUGAAUUUGGUCCCGAAACACCCUGAAUAUUUCAGGCUAGUCGGAUCUCCGGGAGAGGGGAAAUCAUUCUUAGAGUUGGUUUCUUGGAAUUCUAGCUUUGCAAAGUCGGCAAUUGAGCAAAGAGCAGAGGAGGAAUUUAGGUUGACGGGGAUAAGAGUUAGGCCUUCGUUUAAUUGGAAGCUUCCAUCGGGUUUUUUCAUUAGGAAGGAAAUGAGGGAGUGGAUUAGAGAUUGGAUGGAGCUCCCCUACAUAUCGCCAUAUAAUGAUGCUUCUCAUUUGGAUCAGGCCUCGCGAGAAAUGGAGAAGAGGACAGUGGGGGUUUUUCAUGAACUGCUAUCACUUUCACUUUACAAGAGGAUUCCGGUGCCAAUUUUGGGGAAGUUUUGUGAUGAGUACAGGUUUUCGAAUGCAUUCUCAAGUGUAUUCACGAGGCAUUCAGGGAUAUUUUAUAUGUCAUUAAAAGGCGGAAUUAAGACUGCGGUGCUGAGGGAAGCAUACAAAAAUGAUGAACUGAUUGAUCAAGAUCCACUUCUUGAUAUAAAAUACAAGUUUGUUGAGUUGCUGGCGAAGGGUCACAGACAGAGGACGGAGCAACUGACGUUGCAAAGAGAAUUGAUUCAGAAAGAAAUGGAAAUGAUGGCAGUGCGGAAUAGUGAAUUAGGCUGUCAUGAAAGCAAUGAAGAAUUGUGAAAUUGUGAAAGAGACGUGGUACUGUACAAAGUGCGGUCCUUUGAAAGUCUUGCACAUGCAAAUAAGUAGUGCCGGCAAGGAAAGAUCAAUGGAGACAGAUGCUCUUGAUUUGGAGAUUGAGUCGCAUAUCCGCUGUUUUUGACAUGUUACAUGUUGUUUUAAGAAGGCUGUAGCUGAAGAGAUCAAAGCAAGGUACGAGAGAGCAAUUGUCAAAGUUAUUGACUAGGUAUUUUGAAUUGAAUUCUUGUGUAGACUUGCAGAAAAGAAAAGAGAAUUCUUGUAUGACCUUGGAUAUGAAGCAACGUCUACUAGAACAGACAGUUUGAUGUGUUAUUUCAUUACAGUUUUCUGUUAAGAUGAUUUUGCUGCCUAGUAUGAUCAUAAGAAGAAAAACUGGAGAAAGAGGUUAACUAGGCAUAUGAUCCGUCUUUUAUUUCUUUCCUACUACAUCAAUGUCAUUAGAUCAAAGCACUGAGUUUUUCAUUUUCUUUGCACAACCACAAAUUUUAAUGGCAACAUAGGAGUAAGAGUGGUUGGGUCUUUCAUUUUUGAGACACAUAGCUGAGUCAGACAUUACAGAUCGCCUGGUUACAGAUUUUGUAAUUCUUGAUUAAUGUUUUUGAAAUUUUUGGAUGAUUACAUACGUUCUUCAUUGGAAAUAUGUCUAUCUUAUGUUACAUCUCCAUUAUCUGUAUUGGUACUUCACCUCGAACUUUAGUUGAAUCAAUAUUGUCAUAAAUAGUUAUCAAAAUUUCCCUGUAACUUAUUUGCACAAAACAAGGUAUGAUCUACAUGUGUCAUAGAUCUGGAGAAACUUGACAUUCCCAGCAAUCACCAUGUAAGUUGAAGAGAUGCUUCCGGCGUAUCUCUUGUUAGUUGUUACUAAGACAGCAUAGUCUUCUUACUGUACUGCUACACUUGGUCUCCUUGAAUACAGGUCAACUAAAAUUAUUUUGGAUCCAACAAAAACAUAAGCUCAUGCUAAACAAGUAGAAUUAUUUUUAGGAGCGAAUGGCGUCUUAGGAGACUGAAGGAAAGGAAUGUCAUUGAAGCAUCAUGCUUUAUUAAAAUUCCAGAACUUGUAUGCAUGGUUUGAGUAACUCUUACUACUGGUGUUUUGCUAUCUGUUGCUUUACUUCCUCUAUUUUAAAAUUACAUUUGAAGUAGCCGUGUGAAACAAUUUUUCAUGGCAAUGAGACAUUGUUUUCCCAACUGCAGUCUAACGCUUCAGCCUCAUAUGCAGGAUCUUUUGAGAGACGGCAAAGUUGAGCUAACUAUUUGAUUAUCUGGUAGCUUUCAUACAUGCUGGUGAUACUGGUACCAUGGUUUAAGGUCGUAAUAUCGGCCAUUGACUCGGAGAAAUCUGAAACACAUUGGUCACAGCAUUGCAGUGCGGUAUCGAACGAUACGACGUUAAAGAAAAUGUUGAACAUGACGAGAGAUUCAGGUCGAACCGUAUUGGCAUCGCGGAAUAUAACGGUAU